AUCUGAUCUGUAUUCUGAUACGAGGGAACGAGUGAUGAUCGAGUUGUGGUAGAAGUGUUGAGGUUGAGGUAACCGUAACUUGCUUCUUUGUUGUAAUUCCGUCGAGUGGUCACAUUUGCGUGAUUAGUGAAUCAUAAGCUUAUUGCUCUGAGUCAAUCAUCCUGAUCUUUUAUGAACGUAUCAGAGAUCAUCUGGAUUUGCGAGAAAACACAACGUAGAAUACGAAACUUAUGUUGAAGUAAUAGUAAUCUUGAAGUCAUAGAUAUUCAUUCUCCUGCCUCGGCAGACUUCAGUAAUAGUUCUUGUUAGCAAGAAGUUUUUCGUAGGCGCUUGAGAAAAGCAGCAUAAAACCAUCCAAGAUGAAAGCCGUUGCGUCGUCACUGCUUGCAAGCAGCGUUGCUGCUGAGGUCUACUUCUCAGACACCAUGAACAACAUGGACAAUUGGAAGGCGUCCACGUGGAAGACAGGUAUAAUUAGUUCCUUUCUUUCGUGUUUCCUUUAUCAUUCGUCGAGGUCCUUAGAUGAGUGACCUAGCUAAGGAUGGUUCGGCUGUAGGUGAUGGUAGGUCGACUUCCUUAUUGUGCUUCUGCCUCGAAGCCUGGUAAUACUCGUUAGAGAUUUGCGCCUACGGGGUAUAAUCUUCAGGAGACGUCCUUUUUUAUGAAAGCAGAGGCAAUUUGUAGGUCAGCGCUUUAUGCGGGCGUUCGUUGCUCAGGUAGGAGUCAGUUUCACAAUUUACUGUGUUACGCUUAUCCUUUCCUCCCAUCUUCAGGCAGCGAGAUGGGUAGCUUCGAGAUUAAAGCUGGCAAGUUCAAUGCGGACGAAACUGAGGGUCUUAGUUUGGCAACGACAGAAGAUGCUAGGUUUUACGGUGCUUCCGCAAGCUUCACUCCGUUCUCGAACAAGGACAAGACGCUGAUUAUCCAGUAUCAGGCCAAGUAUGACAAAGACAUCGAAUGCGGCGGCGGAUACAUCAAGCUUGGUACUUGGGAGUCAUUUGUAGGGAGAGGGGUAGUUUAUAUAGGUUCGUGAAGAAGUCUGAUAUAUUAUUUAGUAUUUUUUGUGACUUCUGUUUAAUAUCUCGGUUGACGUGCGUUCUAUGCUGUACUGCGAACGACGCAGAAACCAAUCCUCAGGUCCAAAGCUCGAAAAGCCGGAAGAGUUCGGUGACCCAACGCCUUACAAUAUCAUGUUUGGCCCGGACAAAUGCGGCUACACCAAGCGAACACACCUGAUCUUCAGCUACAAAGGUACUAGUUGUGGCCUCGUUUCUUGUUCCUGGAUCUGAGUGAGUCGUGUAUAUCUUGGAAGUAGGGAAUACGAGGAGUCUAUUCCUGUAAAAAAUUACUGCGCUUGUCUUGCGCGAUUCCUGUCAAGACUCUGACAUCAUGCACAGCGUGGCGCCUUUUUCCGAGACUCCGAUAGUGGCGAGAAACAAUUCUAUUUUCUCAGCGUAAACACGGGAACACCCCGUAGAGGCUGCCUCUAACCCAAUAUAAUGCAGGUAAGAACGUACUGAAGAAGACGGAUUUGCCGUACAAACAGGAGACCGAUGGCGUCAGCAAUCUGUACCGACUUACUGUGAAGCCCGAUGGCACAGUUGAUGUCUCUAUCGACAAGGAGAGCGUUUACUCAGGAAAAUUGAGCGAGGACUGGGAUCUUCUGCCGGCUAAGGAAAUUGCCGAUGUGGAUGACGUCAAGCCGUCUGACUGGGUAUUCGCGUCGUUGCCUCUCACUUUCGGCUACAACGAAGUAGAUUGAUAGUGCAACACCGCCUGAGUUACAUUUGGGAGAUUGAUUCCAUGCCCAACAUGCCUGUUUCAUGGUUUUUUUUUGUAACAUUGUAAUUCCUACUGAGAGUAUUCCUAGCACCCUUGCUCAUCUGCAGGUUGAUAGCGAGAUGAUGGACGAUCCGGAUGCCACGAAGCCGGACGACUGGGUUGACGAGGAGGAGAUUGUCGAUGAAGACGCGAAGAAGCCGGAGGUAGUGGCUUUGGUCCUUAAACCGUAAAUAUGUCGAGUUCACGUCUCUGCGUUACUAGAGCCUUGAUGAAAGUAUUUUCUGUAGCCAGACUUGUCUUGGAAGAUUGAUUCCAAUAAUCUUGUCAUUCAUUCACUUAUUGUGCAGGACUGGGAUGAGGAAGAGGAUGGUGAAUGGGAGGCGCCGAAGAAGAAGAACCCCGCUUUCAAGGGUCCAUGGACCGCUCCGAAAAUCAAGAACCCGGAAUACAAAGGCGUGUGGGUGCAGAAGCAGAUUCCGAAUCCCGACUACGACGAAAACGCGGCUGACACCCUGUAUGCCUUUGAGGAGUUCGGCUUCGUCGGAUUCGACCUAUGGCAAGUGAAGGGUACUAUUUUUAGUACUAUUUCGUUGUUGUCAGAAUAGAGUUACCCUGUCGCUUAUAUCGUCUUCCUGAUGCUUGUUGAAAUUAUGAUGAUCCAAUUGCAUACGCAUUUUCUGUGCCGAGUCAAGAUGAUUUACUGCCUGAGGGAGAGCAAGCUCCUCGUAAGCUUCCGGUCUUGAUAGAUAACCUGAUCCUUACCUGAAUCUUUUAGGUUUCACUCUUCCUUUCUGAAACUCUUUCAGCCGGCUCGUUCUUCGACAACCUGAUUAUUACGGACGACGAAGCUGAAGCCGACAAAUUCGCAGCAAAGUGGGAUACUCAGGCUGCCGCGGAGAAGGAGCAGCUGAAGAAAGCUACGUCCACCACGACCACCACUCCGGCUGAUGGCGACGACGAUGAUGUCGAUGACGACAAAGACGAUGAUGACAAGGAUGAAGACGAAAUCUAA